AUGGCUGCCAAACGCCAGUACGACAUUAUCCUGCUGGGCGCGACGGGCUACACGGGCAAGUUGACCGCUGAGUACAUCACGUCGAGCCUUCCUACUAGCAUCAAAUGGGCCGUCGCUGGUCGCAACCAAUCCAAACUCGAAGCUCUGGUCAAGGAAUUGAAGUCGAUCAACUCGACGCGCACCGCACCCGAUGUUGUCACCGUCGCCAAUCUCACCGCCCCUGAAAUGGUCACCCUUGCCAAGAAAACGAGAGUCCUUCUCAACACCGUCGGGCCUUAUCAUCUGUACUCGACUCCCGUGGUCGAGGCUUGUGCUCAAACAGGCACUCACUAUGUCGACGCCACCGGAGAAACUCCGUGGGUUCGAGAAAUCAUUACCAAAUACGAGGCCGCCGCAAAAAAGAGCGGUGCCAUCAUCAUCCCUGAAAACGGUAUCGAGUCUGCCCCUUCAGACUUGGUGGCCUACAUCGCGACUCGCUUGGUCCGCAAAGUAUGGGACUGUGGUGUCAUGGACGUCGUUGCUUCUGUACACGAGAUGAAGUCUUCGGGGCCCAGUGGCGGCACUCUGGCUACCGGCCUAAGCAUCUUUGAUCACUACUCUGGCAAAGUGAUCAAGGAAUCCAUGGAUCCAUUCUGCCUGUCUCCUACUCGGCUGAAGCCAUACACCAAGGACACUCUGUACCCGCCAAACCCAGAACCGAACACAUACGCACGCACAGGACUGCAGAAGUUGACCGGCGUUUGGUCCUAUCCUCGUCUGGGCAACUUGGUCACCUCCAUUUCGGCCAAACCCAACGUGGCCAUUGUGCACCGGUCUGCCGGCUUGACACCCUAUUUCUACGGCUUCAAUUUCACCUACGAGGAGUACAUGGCCGUCGGGAGUCCCCUCGUCGGCGUGCUGAUCCACUUUGCACUUGUUCUGCUGGGAUUUUUCCUUGCCUUCCCCCCGACCCGCGCCAUCCUCAAGUUGUUUGCAAGCUAUAAGCCAGGAUCCGGUCCGACCAAGGAAUCCACCAAAGGAGAUGUACUCGAGCUGCGUGCCAUCGCUGUGGCCGAGCAACUCGCCAAGCAGCCGCGAAAGGCCCUCGCCACCUUCCGCUUCGAAGGCGGCUUCUAUCAGCUGACUGCGAUCUUCUUGGCCGAAGCCGCGGUGGUGUUGUUGAGCAAGGAAGAAGAGGUCAAAAAGGCUCAUGGCGCCGGUUUCCUAACACCCUCUUGCUUGGGGGAUGACUACCUCGACAGAUUGGACAAAGCCAACGUGAAAAUUGGAGUUCAACAGAUCGGCGACGUGGGCAGCAAGUAG